CCGUUCUGUUCAUUUUCCUGUUGGUGCCAUUGUCUGUGUUCUAUUUCGUCUUCCUUUCCUUUCUUCAUCAUCGUGCUGUUGCUUGCGAUACGCCUUGAAGCCAACAAUAGUGUUGACCAUUUCCAAUACGAUCCUUCAUCUUCUGUCCUUCUCUUCUUCAACUCGAAGCCUUGACUGUGCUUCAUCUGCUUUCCUUUUCGAGAAUCGACAGUCCAUAUAAACGCCACUGAGUAACCUGAAGCUCACAUUUGCCUACCUUCAUUUACGACCUGAUCACACUCAACACUCGCUGGACGAUUAAGUGCGGGACUGGAAAAUAUACGACAUAGGGGGAAGAACAACAAACGAACAAGAUUUUGAAGAAUUUAACGAUAUACACCAAACCAUCGCAAUGAGGUUCGUCAAGUCAGUAAAGCCCGCGGCAGCGGCCAUCUCCCUGAUCUCGGCCGGCAUCCCCAAAUCCCUGGAUAUCAGCAGCACUACUUCGGUCCAAAGCGUCGCCAAAACCAUUGCCCAAAACACCAUGUCUUUCUACAAGGGCACGGACGACCAGUUUGUUGAUCUUGAUGCCCCCUACUACUGGUGGCAAUGUGGUGCCAUGAUGGGCAGCAUGCUCGACUACUCCCACUACACCGGCGACCACACCUACGACAAGAAAAUUGCAACUGCUAUUGUCGCCCAAGCCGGCCCCGACUUCGACUUCAUGUCCCCAGCUCAUGCGGGCCAAGAAGGAAACGAUGACCAGGCCUUUUGGGGUUUCACCGUUCUCGCUGCUGCCGAGCGUAACUUCCCUCAGCCCCGAUCUGACAUCCCGGGAUACCUCGAACUUGGUGAAAAUAUCUGGAAAUCACUUGCCUCGCGAUGGGAUACUUCGACCUGCAACGGUGGCCUGCGGUGGCAAAUCUUUGCCUCGAACCCUAACGGCCUUGAUUACAAGAACGCGGUCAGCAACGGCGGGUUUUUCCAGCUCUCGGCACGUCUAGCUCGCAUUACUGGCAACCAGACUUACGUCGAGUGGGCAAACAAGGUGUGGGACUGGACCCAGGGAACUGGUAUAAUUAACGAAUACUACCAGGUCCUCGACGGUGCCAGCUCCGCCAAGAACUGCUCCGACGUCAGCGCCGCCCAUACGCCCUCCUUCUCCUACAGCCAGGGCAUUUACACCUACGGCGCCGCAGUCAUGGCCAACAUCAGCACCGGUGCCGACCAGGAUAAGUGGACCGACCGCACCAAGAGACUCCUCGAGAGCUCGCAAAACUACUUCACCCCCUUCGGCGACGUCAAGAACUCCACCGACGUCAUGUACGAGCACGCCUGCGAGCACAUUGACAUUUGCAACACGGACAUGCGCUCCUUCAAGGGGUACUUCUCCCGGUUCGUCUACGCCUCCAAGAUUAUGGUCCCCUCUAUCAAGCCUACAGUCGAUCGUUUGCUGCACACCUCCGCCAAGGCUGCUGCCCAGGGGUGCCAGGGUGGUUCUCAGGGAACCAUGUGCGGAACGAAGUGGUAUGUCGAUGGGUUCUAUGGAGAUGCCGGGUUGGGAGAGCAGAUGAGCGCGUUGGAGACGAUUCAGGGAAUCUUGAUUGAUCAGGCGAACCCGCCUCUGAUGGGGGAUGAUAUCAAGACUGUGAGGACUUUUUCAUCAUCGUCGUAACAGACGUCGAGUGAUGAGACUCCUCCGGCUGGAAAUGAGAGUCCAAAGACAAGUUCUGGGUCUUUGGAAAGCGUGGCGUCAGGGGUGAAUGAGGUUAACUACCAAUGGCUGUUAUGGAUAUAUGGGCUGGCCUGUGUUUUGGGUCUAUGAGCUGCCACAUCUUAACCUUGGAAGUGGUGAUGUCGGUCAGAUUGCUGAAUUGUUUUGCAACGUCAUUAACGUCAUCAUGGCCAUCGCGCUAAGCAUCUUCAGUUUGUGUCCUUUUCUUUCUUCGAUUCUUCUGUAUAGAUAAGAUAUUUGGGAUAGGCAUGGUGAUUUCGCCGGAACGAGACAAAAUCAAUGAUGAUUUACGCAUUGCAAGACACUUGUUUUGAAAUGGAAAUAAUCUAGCCACACUCUCUCUACAGGUGCUCGAGGGGCAACAGAUCGGAACUGCAUUAAGAAGAUGCGGUAUAACAUAUGAAUAUCGAGAUCACAAAUAUUAACGAUGAC